AAGCUGUUUAAAAUCACAGUAUUACAACUAUACAAAACAACAUGAAGUUAUUAAUCGUACUCGCUUUGGCAGUAGCCACCGUUAGUUCGGCCAGUUUAGAUUUUGUUUCUAAACCGGGAUUCCCAGAAGGUCGUAUCAUUAAUGGACAAGAAGCUGCCAAAGGAGAAGCACCCUUUAUAGUUUCUUUAAAAAGCGGUUCCCAUUUCUGUGGUGGCAGCAUCAUUGACGAGCACUGGGUCCUGACUGCUGCUCAUUGCUUGAUCUAUAACAAUUUCCAAGUUGUUGCUGGUUUGCACCAACGUAACGAUGAAUCUGACGUUCAAAUCCGCCAAGUUUCCGGCAAAGCUAAUCAAUUCGUACAUGAGAAAUAUGGCGGCGGUGUUGGACCCAACGAUAUUGGUCUUAUCUACAUUGCUGAACCUUUCGAUUUGAAUGCCUUAGCUCGUGAUGGCUCUGCUCCUGUUGCUAAAAUUAACUUGCCUUCUGGCAAAUAUGAACAAACCGGCAACGGCAAAUUGUAUGGUUGGGGUCGCAACAAUGCUGGUGUUUUACCCAACACUUUGCAAACUUUGGAUGCAGACAUCAUUGGUUAUACUCAAUGCAAAGCUGCUUUGCCUAGCUCUGCUCCUAUAGAUCCUGUUAACAUUUGCUCUUACACUGCUGGCACCACCGAUGGCGCUUGCAAUGGUGACUCUGGAGGUCCAUUAGUGCGUUGGACUGCUGCUGGUGCUGAAAUCGUUGGUAUUGUUUCAUGGGGUUAUACUCCUUGUGCCACAAGUAAAUAUCCUUCUGUAUACACCAUGACCUCAGCCUAUAACGAUUGGAUUCAAAAUACUAUUGCCAAUUUAAAUGCUGCUGAUAUGUCCAGUUAAGCAGUUAAUAUACAUCAAAUAUGUGUAUAUAAUAAAAUAAAUACGAGAAAUUAA